GGCCUUCAAAAUGGCAGGAUUUGAGUCCUUUGAGACGCGUCCUCCUGCGCCGUGCGUCGCCCGACGGGUUAAACCAAAGUCCCAGCGACAACACGCGUCUUAAAAGCAAGAUGGCGGCGUCGGAGUCUUCUAAUUCCAAGAUGGCGGCGUCGCAGUCUUCUAAUUCAAAGAUGGCUGCCCCCAGGUCUUCUAAUUUCAAGAUGGCGUCGCAUGAGUCUUCUAAUCCUAAGAUGGCGGCGUCGGAGUCUUCUAAUUCCAAGAUGGCGGCGUUGGAGUCUUCUAAUUCUAAGAUGGCGGCGCCGGAAUCUCAAAAUAAUGUCGAUAGCACCAAAAUAAAGAACCAUUUCGUUGGAUUUCCGGCCCAAUUUCGACUUGACGGGAAAAUUUUACAUGAAAUAAUCCGUGCAACGAAACUAACGGAAGAUGAUGAUGGCGAUGGUGUUAAUGCUGAUGAAAAUAAUGUGGGGAAUGGUAGUGGGGGAACUAGUGAUAUUUUUAAUGGUGAUGCUGGUAACAAAGAAACUAUUACUACAAGUAGUAAAGACAGUAACAGUAACAUCAUAGUUAACGGGAUUGUUGACGGAACCAAAAGCAGUAUUAGUAACAGUAACAACAGUAGCAUCGGUAAUGGUGUCUGUAAUGGUAUCAGUAACGGUACCAGUGAUGGUAUCAGCGAGUUACUCAACCGAGAUACCGAGGCGCUGAGUACCAUAAGCGACGGUAGCUUACCAUUCAACGCCGCCCUAGACGAUACGGUAAUCCUAGAUCCUGGUAACUUGGAUACCAGUCCUGUUACUAGAUGUGGGUCUGUUACUAGAUGUGGAUCUGUUACUAGAUGCGGAUCUGUUACCAGUAACGGCUGCAAACAGACGGCAGGUCUGUUGGGUGUUCGGUGCUGCAGUUCAAUGUCUGUUGACUACGCUUCAAGUGGAAAAUGUUCAACAGCAGUUCCUGUUAACAGCAACGGCAUCAACCAUCGCUAUUCAUCAUCCGUUGAUGCCUCUGUUAACAGAAACGAAAAAGCUUCUGUUAAACGUCGUCCACUGGAUGCCAUAAUCGAAGACGUCGAAAACAGCAACCGAACAGACGAUGGUGGUUGUAACCAACCACAGUUAAGCACCUUGGUUGUGGUGCACGAGAAAUGGUUGCUGGACAGUAUUCAGUUCUACCAGGUGCAACCAUACCAGAACUACCAAGUGGCCGGUGUUGAAGAACUCAAGCGCAGCCUCUACCAAGAAAUUCAGCAUAAUUUAAAUUAAAACUUUAGCGUAAACCAACCAAAAAAAUGCGAUCAA